AUGAGGAGUGCACCCUUGGUGCACCUGAUCCCCACCACCAUACUGUACUCAGGGCGCUCGCAGGACAGCAGCCACUUUCUGUCGGGUUUUUCAGGGCAAAAAAGCGCCCGGUACCUGCAGCAGGAGCUGCCUGUGUGCAUCACCCACCACAUCCAGGGCUUCCGCAACCUGUCCUUCAUCAUCAGCUGCAACCCCACCAUCCUGCAUGUGCAUGACAUCUACCUCCACACCUUCCAGAAACUGAGCGACUUUCCCCCGAUCCAGGUGCACAGUGACGAGGUUCAGUACUGCGCAUUGCUGCAGCAGCUGCUCAAGGACCACAAGGACAUGGUGACGCUGCUGGCAGAGAGGCUGCAGGAAUGCUGGAGACACAUCCAGGACGAGUGCCUGCUGCGGCCAUUCCUGGACAAGACACUCACCUCACUCCUAGGCAUGCAGAUGCUGGCAGUGCAUCACCUCUCGCUGCACAAGGACAAGCUGGAUUUCGUGGGCAUCAUCUGCACCUGCCUGUCCCCCAAGAAACUCAUCGAGAAGUGGGUGGACUUGGCCAGGCGGCUCUGCGAGCACCAGUACAGGAAGGCGCCACACGUGCGCAUCAACAGCCACGUGGCUGCGCAGUUCCUGUUCAUCCUCCUGCUGGACUAUGUCCUGCCUGAGCUGCUCAAGAACACCAGGAGGGCAACGAUGGAGUCACACCUGGACACUCCCUACAACGUCCCUGACAUUGUGGUGACCAUUGCCAACAAUGACAUUGACCUUGUCAUCUGGAUCUCGGACUGCAGUGGGGGCAUCCCGCACGAGCUGCUGGACAAAGUGACCGAGUACCACUUCAGCACGGCCGAGGCCAGCGCCCAGAACCCGCGCCUGGGGGGGCCCUUCCACGGCCUCAUUGAGCCCAACAGCCAGGCCAAGCCCAAGCACAGGUUCGGCUUCAGGCUGCUGAUGUCACGUGCCUACGCCAAGUACCUGGGGUGGUCCCUGGUGCUGCAGUCGCUGCAGGGCGUCAGCACUGACAUCUACCUGAGGCUGUGGCACAUCGAUGGCAAGGCCGAGAGCUUCCGCAUCUAGGGGGGCUUGGGGGCGGCCAUUGGGGGUGAGGAGAACCCCUGGGAGGUGCACAGCGGUCAUCAGGGCAGUGCAGAGCCCCAAAAGUUGGGUUUUCGGUCACGGAAAGCCAGGAGGACCUUCCAAAGUUGGACUUUUUGGUGGAGGUUUUCCAGUUGAAUCCCCAAAGCUGGGGUUUGGUCAUUAAAAUCGUGGAGAGAUUUCAAGGGCUGGGUUUUGGUUGUGGAAACUGAGGAGGAGCCCAAAAGUUGGACUUUUAUGGUGAGGUUUUCCAGUUGAAACCUCAAAAGUUGGGUUUUGGUCAUCAAGGUCAUAGAGAACUUCCAAAG